CCGAAAUACAUGUUCCCAAACGGCGCCUUAGAGCGCCGCUCAUUUUUGUGGACAGGUCCUCUGGCGUGCAUGCUUUUGGAGUACUGGUAUAGUGGUAUGGUAUGUACUAAUUUGUUUGUCUGCAAAACCGUCGCAGGGAGGCUUUACUGCUCGGCGCCUUAAACCCAUAGCUACUGGAUAGAAGUGCGGUGCUUCACAAACCCUAGCUACACUCCGAACUCCCCGUUCUUCGCCAAGAAAAUGUCCGGUGCUCUGGACAUGUCCCUUGAUGAUCUCAUUCAAAAAAACAAGAGAUCCGCCGGAUACAGAGGCGGAGGCCGAAGCAGAGGAAGCAGGGGCGGCGGCAGAAGCUUCGGUUCCGGUCCGACUCGCCGAUUCGCAACUCGCCCUCUCACCCGCCCCACUCCCUACUCGCUUCCACAGGAAGUGUUGAGGAGUGGAAGCCGGUCGAGCAUGGAGGCAGACGCUAAGCUGUACAUUUCAAAUUUGGAUUAUGGUGUAUCUAAUGACGAUAUAAAGGUGCUCUUCUCAGAGGUAGGUGACCUGAAACGAUACUCAGUCCAUUAUGACAGGAGUGGAAGAUCGAAGGGAACAGCUGAAGUCGUUUUCUCACAUCAUACAGAUGCUCUGGCUGCCAUGAAGAGAUACAAUAAUGUUCAACUUGAUGGGAAACCAAUGAAAGUAGAGCUUGUUGGAGUGAAUUUUGUUACUCCUGCUGCUGCACCUCCACCUACAAUUGGUAUAUUGGGAAGUCCACAAGGCACCUUCAGAAGGCAACAGAUGGUUGGUAAUCAGGGAUGGUUUCGUGGUGGAGGCAGUGUUGGCCCUGGACGUGGAUCUGGGAGGGGCCGAGGACAAGGUACAGGACGGGGUGAGAGGAUAUCUGCUGAAGAUCUUGAUGCUGAUCUGGACAAGUAUCACUUUGAGGCUAUGCAAAUAAACUGAAGUUCCAUCUCAUUUUCAGCAGUUGGCUGUAUAGGUUUUUUGUUGGCGGGCUGGCUGGCUUGAUGCAUUUUUACCCAAGGAUAUGGUUGUUAAAAUCAGAAAGUGCCCUUUUUUGUUGCCUUAGAUGGAAGAAACCUAGGUAGUGGAUGCUGGUUGAAUUACAUAUGGAGCAUCAACCAUUUAAAUGACCCUCUCUUUUCUAUACCAUUUGGAAGUCAGCGGGAGAUGCCUGCUGUAUUUUCCCGUUUGGUUUUGUCAGUAAGCUGAUUUAGGGCGAGUUUGACAUCACUGUUGUUGCAUCAUUUUUUUCUUUUUAAAAAUAAAAGAUGAGUUGAACAUAUUUGUUAACCAACUCUUUACAA